AUGUGUCAGGGAUCGGCUUUUGGCAACUGUUGUUCGUCCAACGGUUACUGCGGCGCGACGAGCGACCACUGCGGCGCCGGCUGCCAAUCCUCCUUCGGCUCUUGUACUUCGGGAUCGAGCGGUGUGUCCACGAACGGCAGCUGUGGUAAGAACGGCAACACGUGCAAGGGGUCCAUCUUCGGGGACUGCUGCUCGUCCAGCGGCUACUGCGGCAAGACGAACGGCCAUUGCGCCGCCGGCUGCCAGUCGGGCUUUGGAACCUGCAGCAGCGGCUGCGGCAACAUCUCGACCGACGGGGCCUGCAGGCCGAGGAACGGGAAGAUCGUGUGUCGGGUCGAGUUUCGGGAGCUGCUGUUCGAGCGCGGGCUACUGCGGAAACAGUGCUGCCCACUGCGGAUGAGCGAGCAGUUGUGA